AGAGCAUCCGAUCAAUUAUAAGUUUAUGGUGGCUUCUUUUAGAUUUGUAGAAGAAGCUUUUGACAUCAUAAUAGUUGAUUGAAAUCUCUGCAUCGGUUUUUUAAACAUAAAAGCGCAGACGAUUUAUUUCACAAACUGCUCAAGGCAUUAAUUAGUUUUUGGUUUCUUCAACUUUCUGGCAAGCAAUUUGAGAUUUGGUAAUUAAUAUUUUCUUUUGCAUGGUGGUCGAGUCGAGGUUGUAGGAAUAAAAUGGUGUUUAAAUCGAACAAGAAAUUUACCAAUUUUUCUUUGCAUUAGAACAGAGUCUCUUAAACAUUUGUCUAUAAAAUAAAUGAAAAAAAAAAAGGAGGCAUCCACGGAGUAUAUAUACUUGGACUCACUCUCAUCAACUCAACCCAACUGAAAAAGUAAAGCAUUCUCUCUCUUUCUUUUCCUUCCAAAACCAUCAAUUAUGAUCUGCUAAGCUCAUCUUAAUUUUCUGGCUAUUUCUUAAAUCCUAUGCUUUUAGUUUUUAGUUGGGAAGGUCCAAACUCCAAGUCUUCAAAUCCCCAUUUCCAUAUUUGUUAUUAUUAUUUUUUUGCCUUAAAAUAUGGAACCAAAAAGAAGCUGAUUUGGAACUGGAUUUGGGGUUGUCAUUAAUGGAAGAAACGGUUUAAGAUUCUAGGGUUUCUCUUCUCUUCUUUUUCCUGUGAAAGGAGGGCCCUUUGAUUUUCGGGGAUAGUGGGUGCCCUGCCCUUAGCUUGAAGGAACAAGAUGAAGGUGUUUAUAGGAAGUCCAGGAACGGUGAGUGGGUUAAUGCUAAGGAUAUAUCAAUGUGCAUUUGCUGCUGCUUCCAUUGCAGUCAUGGUCUCUGCCUCUGAUUUCUCUUCCUACACCGCUUUCUGCUAUUUGAUUGCAUCUAUGGGGCUUCAACUACUAUGGAGCUUUGGUCUUGCAUGUCUCGAUGUUUAUGCUUUGAGGAGAAAGAGAGAUCUUCAGAAUCCAGUUCUAGUGAGCCUAUUUGUUGUAGGUGAUUGGGUUACAGCUAUGUUAUCACUGGCAGCUGCAUGUUCGUCGGCAGGGGUUAUAGUCCUGUAUGCUAGAGACUUGGACUUCUGCAGGGUUCAAACUCGUCUCCCAUGCAAUCAAUUUGAAAUAUCGAUAAUUUUGGCGUUCAUCACAUGGGUUUUGGUCGCAAUGUCAUCUCAUGUCAUGUUCUGGAUCUUAGCCUCUUUCUAAAGGAUUCGAGGGUUCCCAUGCUCGUAACAUAUGCCCACAUAAUAGCAUCUCGUAUUUGACAUGUAAAUGCUUCUUUUUCUUUUGCUUCCCAUUCCUUGGUUUUUGACAAUUUUGGAGCAUUGGAGUAGUUUUGCCUCUGCAAAUUAAGGAUUUUUGUUUUAGUAUUCAAUUUUAAUUAAAUUUGUUCUCAACUUAACUUCCAAUCAUUAACAAACAAUCUUGUCAAACUCCUGUGGAUGGAUCCCUUGUCAUUGUCGGUUGCGUCUUUUGCGAUAUUAAAUAAGGUCUUGAAUUGAAAGGCAUGUGAACUUGCUCUUUCUUA